GUUUUAUCAAAAUUUGAAAAUGUUUGUUUAGGUGAUUAGAUAAAAUCUCUACAAACUAUUCACCUCUUUACAUUUUCAUGACCUUCUGUGUGGAACACAAAGAUUUUUUCAUUAACAAGCAUUACUAUAAUUCUCAUAAAAUUUGAGUAAUCAAAGUACUUUCAUGGCCAACUGCUACAAGUAAGGUCAACGAAUGAUAUCUCUUACUAUGUAGUAAAAAUAAAUAUUUGUAGCAAUUUUUCACAGAAAUUUCUCCUCCAUAUUAUAAAGCGAAACACGUGUUGUGAUUAAUCAUCAAUUCAUCACAUAAUUCUGGAAAUCUAAGCAGCGUAAUUACUUAAUUAGUAAUUAAUCGUGGCAUGUGACUUGGGAAAUUUUCGUCAAUUAUCUUAAAAAAAUGCCAAAAUGCAUGGUUUGGUUUAGAUUUUUUUUUAUAGCAUAAAUAUUAGGAGGGUCAAAGUGUAUCAGUGGUUGUUUUUUGUGUCAUUGUACAAUUUUCACAAUUUUUUAUCAUUUUGAGGUUGUGAAACGUGAUAACUUUUGGCCGCGUUGUCAUCAAUCACCAGUGCCACCUUCGAUUGUAAAAAUUUGAUGAUUUGACGGUUUUUCCGUCCCCUAUUUUAAUCAAAACUGGCGUUUUCUCGGAAAGCUUCUUUCACAAAUGCCGCGUCUACACACGUGCCAACGCGUUUAAUUAAUCGUGUACUUCCCAGAACCGCGCACGUAUAUACAUAUAGAUCAUUCCCGGAAUCGCACGUGACGCAUUGCCAGCCAAUCAGAACGCUCGAUUCUGACUUGACCGACAGUUCCAGGUGUUGUUAUCAGUAUUAUUGGUCGCUUUCCAAGUGGCCAAUUGUAGAAGACUGACGGAUGAUAUGGAUAAUGAGAUUUCGGUGGCGUCCGGAUCUAUGGCUUAUCGGGACCAAGACGAGUGGAUUAAGAUAAGCGCUCCACCUAAACCCGUUAUCAGCAAAACGGUGGGCUCCUACGUCGAGCUCGAGUGCGAGGCGAUGGGCUCGCCGCCCCCCACCCUACAAUGGCUAAGAGGAAAAACCCCCCUUACAGAGCACCAGAGCUUUGAAAGCAACAUGAUUUCGGAAACCCCUUCUGAAGGACUCGGCAAAAUCAAAGCUCGUCUCGUCAUCAACUACCUCCUACCCGUCCACAGUGGCCGAUUCACUUGUGUCGCUGAAAGCGGCUCCAAAAUAGUAACUGCAGACAGCACCAUCUACGUGAUCAAAAAAGAAGGUUUCGAGCACAACUUUACUCAAGUGCUCACUACGAAAAUCCUGGGGGCGCACCACGUGCCCCGGAUAUCCCUUUGGGCCCCCACCUACAUGGACGUGAUUGGAACGAAUGUGAUUUUGCCUUGUCGCACUUUAGGCAAUCCUAAGCCGAGCCAAAUGUGGAUUGACCCUCAAGGGCAGAUAAUUGGCGAAAAUGACCUUCGUGUGAGCGCCCUUCCUGACGGCUCGUUGAGCAUUCGGUCGCUCAGUUGGGCUGAUAUGGGGGUCUAUACUUGUGUGGCACGUAACAUGGUUGGGCAAGACUCCGUUGAGACCUUCCUUUACCCCAUGAAGGAGUCCAAAUAACGAAACACAGGGGGCGCAACGAACGCACUUUAUGUCAAUCUAGUCAAUGUUCAAUUUGAAAAUACUCCUAGGAUAGUGUGGCCGUUAUUUAUGGAAAUUCCAUCUAGUAUUUAUGAGUUAGGUAUUUAUAUGUGUAAUAAUUACAAGACCGCUGUACUUAUUUAUAUUAUUGUAAGGUUUGUAAGUAAAUAAAGAAAAUAUCAAG